AUGAAAGUGAUUUUGAAAAAGAGGAACGGGAAGUUUAUAGACUGCUUUGACAUAAGUUCGUCAACCACCAUUGACCAGUUCAAGGAAAUAUACUACAAGAAGUAUCAUUACUACCCCGAGAGGCAGAAGUGGAAUUUAGACAGUGCCGCGGGGAAGACUCUAAAAAGUGGGACGUUCAACGAAAAUGGAAUAAAAGACAGUGACAUUCUAAUAUUUAAGGAUCUCGGCGUUCAAAUAUCAUGGCGAUUAGUUUACGUGAUAGAAUACCUGGGACCCAUUGUUAUCUUUCCUUUUUUUUACUUCUGUGACAAAUAUGUUUACGCCCAGGCGAACAAAAAUAAACACAUCAUUCAAAUCCUAUCCCUCUGGUUUUUAUUGUUCCACUUUUUAAAGCGAGAAUUCGAAUCUAUGUUUGUACAUCGAUUUAGCAAUGCCACAAUGCCUAUAAGGAGGGUUCCCAUAAAUUGCGGCCACUAUUGGUAUAUGCUCCCCACGGGGUAUUAUGUGGCGUAA